CAAAUGUAUCGAAUAAUUAUUGCGCCAUAUUCGAUGUGUCGUUUAUUGAAGCAUUUGAUAUAAUUAUUUAUAGAUAUGGAAUUGAUGAAGGAAAAGUUUGCAAAGUUGCUUCUCGGCGAAGAUAUGUCCGGUGGGGGGAAAGGCGUUUCUUCGGCUUUGGCAUUGUCGAAUGCAAUCACAAACUUAGCAGCUUCUGCAUUUGGAGAACAAAAGAGAUUAGAGCCAAUGUCACCAGAAAUGAAAGCAAGAUGGAAAAAAGAAAUUGAUUGGCUCUUAUCUGUCACAGAUCACAUUGUUGAGUUUGUUCCUUCCAAACAAAAGGCAAAAGAUGGCUCCAAUAUGGAGAUUAUGGUGACGAGACAGAGAAACGAUCUCCACAUGAACAUUCCGGCGUUAAAAAAGCUCGACGCAAUGCUCCUUGAAUGCCUAGAUAACUUCAAGGACCAAAACGAAUUCUACUACGUAUCGUCGACCGAAGAGGAGUCGCAGCAAGGCAAAAACCCGAGAAAAGACAACAAAUGGUGGAUUCCCACUCCAAAAGUUCCCCCGAACGGCUUAUCCGAGGUUUCAAGAAAAUGGCUGCAAUAUCAAAAAGACUCCGUAAAUCAAGUGCUCAAAGCGGCCAUGGCUAUAAACGCUCAAGUCUUGUCGGAAAUGGAAAUCCCGGAAAGCUAUAUCGAGUCUCUCCCUAAGAAUGGGAGAGCAAGCCUCGGAGAUUCAAUGUAUAAGAGCAUCACCGACGAGUAUUUCGAUCCAGAUUAUUUCCUUUCUUCCAUUGACUUAUCAUCGGAGCAUAAACUCCUCGACCUGAAAAAUAAACUCGAGGCAUCGGUAGUGAUAUGGGAACGAAAAAUGCUAGCCAAAGAUAACAAGUCCUCUUGGGGUUCGGCUGUGAGUUUGGAAAAACGAGAAAUAUUCGAAGAUAGAGCCGAAACGAUUUUGCUUCUUUUGAAACACCGAUUUCCGGGUCUCCCCCAAUCCGAUCUAGACAUCACAAAAAUCCAAUGCAAUCGAGAUGUGGGGCAGGCGAUUUUGGAGAGCUAUUCAAGAAUCAUCGAGAGCUUAGCGUUUACGGUAUUAUCAAGAAUCGAGGAAGUAAUGCAUGCCGACUCUUUGGCUAUGAGUCCGUCGAGCGUGGAGCCAAAGAAGUCUCCUUUGAAAGAGCCAUUAGAGAAGCUUCCGAAAUACGAUAAAGAAGAUUGUAAUUCGGUGGAAACGCCUACUUCGAUGACACUAUUGGAUUUCAUGGGGUGGAACUUAGAAAACGGAGAGAAUAAGAAAGAUUCUCAAGACGCGGUCGAGACAAAGUACCUAGGCAAACCGGCUAACAUAGUCACAAACAAACGGAUGUCUUACAUAGAGAAGCUAGAGAACAUAGGCGGUACAAGAAGUCCAACGGCACGGCAUUAGUUGUAAAUUGCAAGAAGAAAAAAUCGGACGAAAAAAAAAUGCGUAGCCAUUCAUUUUUCUUCGUUUGCAAAACAGGUUAGAUCAAUUGGAUUAUUGUAAGUACUUUUUUUUUAUGUCCAAUAAGUCAUUUUUUUUAAGAAAAACGAGCUGCGCACGAAGCUUCUAGAAUCGCACUCAAGAAAAAGACGAUAAAAAUGCGCGAAAAAUAUAAAAGAACAUCUAGUUAAGGAUAUUUAACGAUUACAAUCUUCAUGAGAAUGAUUCAAGAGAUAAUACUUACAAUGACGAAUUAACGGAUCG